UUUCAAUCCAUAAUGGAAGAAUCUUUAGAGCAGAGCUGUUUAAGAAAAGAACGUAUCAUUAACAACGAUUCGGUCAAUAGCAUUAAUAUUCGUUAUUGACGAGGAAUUUUUCAAGUGCGUAAUCAGAUCAUGAAGUAUUAUCUUGAAAGGAUGGCCAGGAAACAAGCCGAUUAUUCAUUGCUCCAUCCUUCCUUUAAGAGUUGAAACCAAUAUGUCUCCUUGAAGCAGGGAAGGAUAGGGUCUUUUAGAGUACUUAAGGAAAUCCUGAAAAGGAAAUUAUACCAUUUGAGGCCUAUUUCUUGUGGAAAUCUUUUGAAGAAAGGGGCAAAAAAUACAAGUCAAAAGCUUGCCCUUCUUUGCAAUCUGAAGGGAUUUCUUAUGUUAAGGAUUCAAGAUAUUUCAGAGUUUAUGUUCAAAUAAAAUAGUGAUUACUUGUCAACAUGUAAAAGAAUUACAUUUUGUAGGAGGGACAAUUUUCGGAAUCAAAGGCAAAAACUCUUUUAAGCCUCUUCCCAACAUUGUCCAACUUAGUGUUGAUACUCUCAAGUUUUCUCUUGGCUUUAAGAAAGAUAAAGAGAAAUAUGAUCUAGACUUGGUCAACUUUGUUCUCGAAAUGGUGUCAACAUCAGGGUCUGGACAAUCUUUCAAAAAGUUGAAGAAAGUCAUAUUCUCUAUGAUAAGGAUUAGAAUGCAGGACGUCAAAAAAAUCAUGGAGAUAAGAGAUGUGGCUCCAUCGGUCGAAGUCAGAAUAGAGAAUGGCCCGAAUCUCUAUGUCUUCAGGAAGAGCCAAGAUGGGGUUGUCGAGUUUAAAGAAUAUGAUAAUUCUUAAUGAUUUG